CCGUGUGGUGUGCGCCGCUACGAGGCCGAGUGCCUUCCUAAUGUGCUCUGAUUAGCUCUAUUCAGUGCGAGACUUGUGAUUACGUCCUCUUGUAACUUGUGAUUCGCGGCAUCAAUAUAUCAAUGCUAAAGGCUACGACAUGCGGCAGUCGGUUUCGCUUCCAUUAUGAAUGCUUCUCAUACGCUUGAGCAUUUGAGCGAGAACCUGUGGUUGAAAUACUUUCAGACGGUUGAGGAGAUGGUUUCGUUAAAAAUUGUGUACAUAGUGUUGAUGCUGAUCAUCUUCUUCGCGGGGAUGGUCGGCAACAUGGUGACGUGCGUGGUGAUUUACUACGACCGCAGCAUGCACAACGUCACCAACUACUACCUGUUUAACCUCGCGGUGUCGGACCUGGUGGCGUUAUUGACUAUAUUGCUGGAGGUGGCCUAUUACAGCGGAAAGAUUCCGAUACCGACGGACGUGCUGGGAAAUGCGGUCUGCAAAAUGGAGACGUUUAUGCUAGGCGUUCUGUGGAACAACAGCAUCUUGAUCAUAACGGCGCUGGCGGUGGAGCGGUACGUGGCGGUCGUGCACCCGCUGGCGGUGAAGAGGCGGCGCGUGCGGCGGCGCGUGGCGCGGGUGAUGGCGGCCGCGUGGAGCGUGGCCGUGCUGGAGACGCUGCCCGACGUGUUCUUCGUCAAGAUGCUGUACACGCGGUUCGGGCCCGUGUGCUUCGUGACGCUGUCGUGGUACAACCAGGUGCUCAGCGCGGCCGCGGCGUUCUGCAACUUUCUGGUGCCGCUCGCGAUCAUGCUGUACGUUUACAUCGUCAUCGCGCUUACUGUCAACGCCAGCUACCACACUACUGAUGAAGACAACAUAUUUAAUCAACUGAAUUACAAGAAGAAGAUCAACAAACUUAUCAUGGCGCUGACGCUGUCGUUCCUGGCGUGCUGGCUGCCGUACUUCAGCCUGCGCGUGGUGUACGCGCUCGGGGACCCGCGCAUGCUCAUCGGGCUAGCUCAGCACUGGCAGGUGUGGUACGUGGUGGUCUCUCUCGGCGCGUGGUUCAGCUCGAUGCUCAACCCGCUUCUGUUCAGCCUCAUGUCCACCAAGUUCAGGAAAGCCCUCAAGAAUCUAUGGUACACCAAACUGUUGAGACGUAAUUUAGAACGUGAGCCAGUCUGGCUUUAGUUUGGAAUAAAGAAGAAGGAAGAAGAUAGUCAAUGCCCGACAUUCUCCGCACAUUAGAUAUACCUACGUUAAUGAAACACAUUCCGUGUAUGAUCUAAGAUCCCGUGUGACCUCGCCAAAAGCUAUCAAUUAUUGCUGGAGCCGAAGCAGGCUGACCGUCCUCGAUCAAUGAUAUGAUUUACAGCGAUCCAAUAUUUUCAAUAUGAUAAUGACAUUGAACUUGUACCUGCAGCGUCAACCUUCUGUAAGAUUUAAGUAAGAUGUACGAGUGGGCCUACUCGGCUUAGUUGUCAUGUUAAUAAACA